AUGUGUGCCUUCGUCUUGAUGCUUGGUUUGCGGACUAUAGUGGUGGGCGUUUAUGUGGAUAAUUUGUUGACUACUAAGACCGACGAGGGACUUUUAAACCAGUCUAGUAAAGACCUGGCGAGUCUGGAAUUAAAGGAUCUGGGACCAGUUGAGGAUUUUUUUUUUAAAAUGCGUAUUUCGUUCAAUAUGGAGGUUGGGCACAAAGUCGACCAGGAGCAUGCGAUCACUGAAAUGCUGCAGCAAAACGGACUGGAAAAAGCGAACGCGGUACGAGCGCCGAUCGCAGACGAGUCAUCUUUGGAGUCGGCGAGCGAAAAGUAA